GGUUAUAAUGACGUCAGCUUCCACGGGUCUGACCAGAUCCCGACGCCCAACAUUGACUUCCUGGCGUAUAACGGCGUACUUCUGAACAACUACUACGUCAGUCCCAUCUGUACACCCACACGGAGCGCUCUACUUACUGGCAGACAUCCUAUACAUACUGGUAUGCAGCACAAUGUCAUAUUUGGAGCCCAGCCGUACGGACUUCCCCUGAAUGAGACGCUACUGCCCCAGUACCUGAACAAACUUGGAUACCGCUCCAGGAUUGUUGGGAAGUGGCACCUGGGUAUGUUCCAGUGGGAGUACACGCCACUGUACCGAGGGUUCGAGUCCCACAUCGGAUACUACCAGGGCUGCGAGGACUACUAUGAGCACACCUACGAGGCCAAUUUGGCUAUGUGGGGUGUAGACUUCCAGCGCGACAAAGAUCUGUUGUGGAACUACACGGGCCCCGUUGUUUCUGUACCUGCCGUUCCAAGCUGUGCACAGUGCAGACGGAGACGGGCCACACCUCCAGGCGCCGGUGAAGUACAUCCAGAGGUUUGGGUAUAUCGAGAACCGCGACCGCAGGAUCUACGCUGCCAUGGUGUCUGCCCUUGACGAUGCUGUGGGCGCCGUCUACGAUGCUCUCAAGACCUCCGGAAUGCUCCAGAACUCUGUCAUUGUGUUCACCACAGACAAUGGCGGGCCCGCUAACGGCUUUGACUACAACGCUGCCAACAACUUCCCACUCAGAGGUGUGAAGGCCACGCUGUGGGAGGGCGGGGUGCGGGGUGUGGGUUUCCUGCACAGCCCACUCCUGCACACUCAGGGCUAUGUCUCCGAGCAGAUGCUCCACGUCUGUGACUGGCUACCCACGCUGUACGCAGCGGCCGGGGGUGACCCCUCCACUCUACACAACCUGGACGGCUUCAACGCCUGGGACAUGCUGAGUCGAAAUUCCAGUGGGGUUCGAACUGAGAUGCUUCACAACAUUGACCCUAUCGGAGACUUUGCCGGUGUGCGUGUGGGUGACUACAAGCUGUUGAUCGGUGACGUUGGCAUGAGAUGGGAUGGCUGGUAUCCUCCUUAUCAGCUUGCUGGCGAUGAGAUCACGCUCAACUAUUUGAACUUCACAGACGAUCUCACGGAAAGCGUCACACAAGAUAGCCGCAGACGAGAGCUGGAGCAGAAAUAUCGCGAGUAUUGGGGGCCAGAGAUUUUGUCGAGACUUGAAGAUUUGCACUCGUCUGGUAAAAAGACUGGUGCGGAGCUGAUGUUCCACUCGGAGAAAUCUUUGGGCCAGGUGUCCAGCACGAACUGGGACAGGGUCCGGGGCACGCCCGUGCGCAUUGAGUGUGGUGUGAAACCGGCAAAUGCCAGCACCAACUGUGACCCGCGCAAGUCGCCAUGUUUGUUCCACAUCCCGACUGACCCGUGCGAGUACAACAACAUUGCUGAGAGCCACACGGAAGUGGUGA